CGCAAACGUCAUCGUCAGGGAGUCGAUGUUCAAACAUGGCCGUUCUGAGUUCGCGAAAUUAAAUAGAAUCCAAACUCUUUGCAAUUGAACGUAAAUGAUGUCUCUUGAGAAAGAUAAGUGUACUUUUGAUAUUCUGAAUAUGUUGUUCGAAUGUUUGGUCGAAUGUCACUUGUGUUGAAGGUCUUCAUGUCGCUGUCAGUGAAAGUUGUCUUGAACGGAAACCAGUUAAAUUGACCGCCUCUUCUGUAUACGCAGCUUGUGUUCGCUCCCGCGUCAGUCAACUGGUCAUAUCAUUCACAAGCAGCACAGUGCCACAUUAAACAGCGGCUGGUGACCUCAAAAUCUCAUUAGCAACAACUAGUAUGUCGGAUUUUCAAAGUUCCUAAUCAUGGUACUGCAGCCCUUGGCUUAAUUUGAGACUGUGAUUUUGUUGGUUAAAGUGCACUUACAUGACCUUCUAGUUCUGAAAUUGUCGUUGGUAAUAGUCGAAAAUAGAAACGCCAGAACUUUGGGCCGGCCGCAGGCGCUGUGGUCAUGAUGGUCCGGUCAGAUGUCAAAUGGACCUUGGUUGGGUUUAGUCUCUCUGGUCAAAUCUAGCGUUUCAACUCAAAAGUUGCAAAAAUGAGUACUUCACAAUCCUGACAUACCUUCAAGUGUCGAGGAGAAAAAAGAUAGUUGGCCUAGCCUACUCGAAAUUUGAGCCAUAAAUACGUUAAACCUGAUUUGUUGUCCGGAGACUGACUCGUGCAAAGAAGUUGUUGCAUUUUGAGUUGGAGCUGGCAUAGGAAAAUAUGAUGAGUAUUUUGUCAUCCAUGAUGGCGGAGGAAAAUGAACUACUGAGUGCAUCUGAAAUCAUCAAAGAUCGAUUCUACUUUGCAACCUUGCGGACAAAACCAAGAAGCACAAUUAACACUCAUUACUUCAACAUCAAUGAUGAACUGGUGUAUGAAAAUUUCUAUGCAGACUUUGGGCCUUUGAAUCUUGGUCAGUUGUACAGAUACUGCUGUAAAGUCAACAAAAAAUUAAAGUCGUUUUCCUUAGCAAAGAAGAAGAUUGUGCACUACACAACAUUUGACGCCAAGAAACGUGCCAAUGCAGCUUACCUUGUAGGAGCAUACUCGGUGAUUUAUUUGAAAAAGACUCCUGAGGAGGCUUAUCGACCACUUGUUGCCGGAACAAAUCCACCAUACCUUCCAUUCAGGGAUGCAUCCUUUGGGGCCUGCACGUACAACCUGACCCUCCUGGAUUGCCUCAAAGCCAUCGAUAAAGCAAUAACACACAACUUCCUUAAUUUUGAGUCAUUUGAUGUGGAGGAAUACGAACACUAUGAGAGAGUGGAAAAUGGUGAUCUUAAUUGGAUUCUACCGGGGAAGUUCCUUGCAUUCAGCGGUCCGCAUCCAAAGAGCAAGAUUGAAAAUGGUUACCCAUUGCACGCACCAGAGGCUUACUUCCCCUACUUCCGCAAGAACAACAUCACGACGAUCAUCCGCCUCAACAAGAAGAUCUAUGAUGCCCGGCGGUUCACGGAUGCAGGUUUUGACCACUACGACCUGUUCUUCAUCGAUGGCAGCGUGCCGAGCGACGCCAUCGUGCAACAGUUUCUCACGAUAGCGGAGAACGCGGAGGGUGCGCUCGCAGUUCACUGCAAAGCUGGCCUGGGUAGAACUGGUACACUAAUCGGCUGCUACAUGAUGAAGCACUACCGCAUGACGGCAGCUGAGUGCAUAGCCUGGUUGCGGAUAACCAGGCCGGGGUCGGUCAUUGGACCCCAGCAGCACUUCAUGGAAGAGAAACAAGCCAGCAUGUGGGUUCAAGGAGACAUUUUCCGAUCGAAGAAGAAGCAGGGACAGCUGAGCUACAAGCAGGGAGUUUCACACAUUCUCAGGGCAGUUGAUGACAUAUCAAUCACAGACAAUGACCGGACACGUGAGGAGGCACAGGAUGAGCCUUACUUAUUACGUUCCAAGUCGCACGGCUCGUCUUCGCUAACCCAAGGAGACAGGCUGAGACAGUUGAAGGGCUCGCGGAAAGCCCGGUCAGCGACGACGGGAGCGCUGAAGUAUGUGGGCGUUGCCAUGAGGGCAUGGGGGAGGGCCAAAGGGUUGGAAGAAGCCAAGAUGCACACAAGAUCCUCAUCGCAACCCCACAGCAACCAAGCCCUCAGAAACUUCUUGAGGACUAAAGCGUCCGGCAAAAAGAUUGCCUCCACGUCAUCCAGUCCCAUGGCCACUUCUCCACUGAAGGCUACCAAGGCAGCCACGGCAGCCAGUCACAGUGCGGCGCCCCGUCGCAGCACACGGCACUCUGCAGCUGCCAGCUCUCCCCUCAAAAGAUGAUACAGCAGUUGUAUGCAGAACAUGAUAAAAUGUACAGGUUUGAGGACAGUAGGCGGUGAGUCAGUGUGCACACACCCCCAUACCCAUCAUAGCAGACACAACCUCCUUCGGCUGAUCCACCGGGUUCACUGCCUAAUUUCUGCACCUGCUGGCCUCCUAACUUUUCACCCAUACCUUGGUCUUCUUGGCUUUCAAUGACUCAGAAAUCUUUCACAGAGAUGGUUUUUCAGCACUUUCUGAAGCAUUAGCUUGAGCCGGAAAGUUUCCCAAAUGGAAGACACUCGAACUUUUCCAGCUAAGACACGUUCAUGUAUGCAUUGCACUUUGCCUCCUUCAUGCAUGCUUGUCGUACAGCAAGAAGGACUUUGCUCGAGGAUUUCCCGAAUCACGAGCAUUUGGCUUGCAUGAGUUAAAAGAGUAGGUGUCAAUUUCAUAGAGCUACAGAGCACAGAAAUUUCACUAAGCUCGUAAAAUAUUCACUUAGCAAAAACAGGCUACCUGCCAAAAUGUCAUGCAGUGUAAUCUUGUCACUGGUAUCCAGCCAUUAUUUGCUUAGCAUCAAUCUAAAUUUGCAUAGUAGUAUUUUCUGCUUAGCAGCUCAAUGGAAUAGUACCCUGAGUAAAGUGUACAUGGUAUUCCAAAGCACCUGCAGUCCAUCCAGUUGUAGGCUGCAUCCAGACCUGUUGUCUGAAUCUAAGUAUAGAUCUUUACAUUUGACAUAAGCAGCAACACAUUAAUGGACAUAGUUGUAGCUCUGAAACACUACUUCAGAGACGGUCACUAACUUGUUGGACAGAGUGCAUUGGUAGAGUCACUCUCACUUGAUUGAGCCAUUCACUGCCAUUUCAACUCAGCAAAGCCAUUCAAUAUCAUCUUUGAUUGUGGUCACAUGGUUGUUGAUGACCACUUCCACCAACCCAUCAAACAUAAGGUCGUUGACAGUGAAGAGGUUUUAAAAGCAGCUACCUUUUUUAUUGUGACUUCUGAGUUCUGACAUACAAUAAGAAACAGCUCCAUCAUAAUUACGCACUCAGUAAACCCUUUGGACAUGGUGGCAAGUAAACUACCAAGCACAAUUACCCAUGCUAACCUCAACCAGAAAGCAGCUAAGUCGGACUCAUUUGUGCCAGGAUAAGCUCUUACUUCUUUACUCACAUGAAGCCCUCCAGGAUUUCGUAAUUUACCCGGGAGCUGCAAGCAGUUUUGUUUGUUUUGGGUUUGUUUUUUUUAGAUUUCUCUCUCUCUCUCUGCUGCUCACCAGUUUUCCUCAUCUCACGUGAAGAAUUGAGAAUAUAUUAAGGUGGCUUCUGCCAGGUUCUGUUGCUUGUCUGUGGUACCAUGAAAAGAUCUCUGUGGAGGGCAUCUAAUAAAACAAAUCUCUCUUUAAAUGGCGCUCGAGGAAUUUUCUCCUUGGUGUGUGGCAUUCACUGCAGUUAAUCGCUCUGCUUUUUUGGAAAUAAUACUACUUGGCGUUUGAAAGUCAAGGGAUGUCGCUGGGCUAAUCGAUCAGGGGUUAACGGGGGGGGGAGCGAGGGUCAGUUGGACAGGCAUGCUUUACACAUGGCUGAAAUCAGUGCAGUGCCAAGAUACAGCUCUGGCUGUACAGAGUUAAGUCUUUUUCAGGUUCUUUAACUAACUGUUUAUCAAAGCCACGCCAGAUUUCCUACCCUGCCGGCCUUUUUCCUUACAUCUACUUCUAUCAGCAAUCUGCCCUGUUUCCUUUCUGUACAUGCUGCCCUCUGCCAUUGUGAAUUCAACAAGAUUACUAAUUUCAGUAAUCAAAAGCUAAUGGUUGCAGUUACUAACACUAUCUCUCUUGUUUGCUUUUGCCAUUUACAUUGUCUGCUCUCUAUUACUCUAAAACAUUACUAUUCCAUGUACCUAAAUGUCAGUUUGAAUUCUUUCAUCAGUAUGUCUUUAAUCCAUCCAAAAUUGUUUGUUUAGUGACUUUGUAAAAUGUUCACGAGCUGGGUGUUAGUGUUUGCUUAGAGAAGCAUAAGUCUGUAUUUCAUUUUGGUUACAUUUUGAAAUUGAAAACAAUGCAUCGUGCAAUCAACACCACUUUGCUGUCUGCAUUAGUGUGCUUGAAUCUUCACGUUUCUGGAAGGAAGGGGAAGUUUUUUGCUUGUUUUUCUAUUCGUUUGCCCUACUCAACAAAUUUUUGUCUUUCUUGCAGUCGUACAAGUCAACGUAUUCAUACUAUUAGGUCAUCUGUGCCCCAUUAGUUAGCCCUUCACCCUGAGAGCUACCGCAAUGCUGCUCGGACAGUGCAGGAAGCAUUUAUAAAGGGAUUUUGCCCUGGAGAUGGAAUCGUCAUGGCGUGCCACCAAGAAUGGAAGGGAAGGAGAGAGGAAAAAUGACAUGAACUCUCUGACAACAUGUGCAUGAGUUUGAGGAUGAACUGUUUUGGAUCGACAGUCAAACAGGUCUCAUGGUGUGGACCACUGGCCCCGUCUUUAUCCGCUCUGUGCACAGUUGUGUGGGGGCGCUGUACAGUGCUGCCUGCGGGCACCUUGUGGGUUUUAGCAGAUGCAGCCUGCAUCUCCUCCAGCACUGAAGAACAGACAAUCCCCAGGGGCCUGUUGACCCCUUACAGUGGCGACUGUGCGCACGUCAGCCCCUAGAGGGCCACAACGUGCACUGAGUGAAUACUUUGAGAGAGAUUAUCUCAGUAUGCUGUCAACAGAAUGAGUACCCACUGCUGUCAGUCCAGUGUGUGUGUGCACAGAGUCUCCAAUAGACCUGUGCUUGGCGUUGAGAAUCUUACCCACAUUGAAGUUUGUAAGGUCUGAAUCAUUUAAAUCAUGGUGACAGUGUCCUUGCGAGCAUACACCGGACAAGUCGUCAUGCAGGCAAGGCAGCAUCAGGUGACUUCUUCAUAAACCCCACAUGUAGGUCACACUUUGGAAUGCUCGCACAGGUGCUUAUAGGCCUACAGCUGCAAUUAACACUGAGGGUUUCUGACCGAAUCGUUUCAGUCCGUAUAACCCACACUUGUGAGAUUUGUCUUCUCCAUACCCCACCCUGAGAUCUAAAGGUGUGCGACAACAUCCAGGGAAAUUGUCAUCUCCUUUAGACUGAAAGGGUAAUGGCCCACCGGCGGAUGCUUGAAUUCCCCGAACCCAGCACGUAUUCAUACCAUAGAGACCAGUUCCUCUGGAGAUCCGUUCUUACAUCGGGCAUGCUACGGCCUUUUUUCAUCAUAGUUUGUGGUGGGAGAAAUGUCCAGUCGAAUGCAUUCUGUUUGCAUUACAAUUUAUGUCUUUUUUUGUCCGGAUGUAGCUUUUAGUUUAUUUAAGAUAUUCUUAUGUUUACUAUUUGAUUCAAUUAUCAAAUUUCCUUCAAAGGUCGAUUAUUUUGUUUUUGAUAGAAAUAGACAUUUGUAUUUGAAACUAAAUACGUUAAGACAUACGUGUAUAAACUGGUUUCAUUUCAGGCGUUAAAAAAUAAGCGACACCCACUUCUAAUAGGGGGACGUUCUUCAGUGCCACAUGUUGUCACUGUUUUCAUGAAUUGAGGCAGCAAGGAAUCUAAGAUUCUUCUCCCAACCAAAAGCUGGCUCCAGUGUAUGUCACUGCGAGCGGUUGGACAUCCAGGCUCGAGGCCCGAAUUGAAAAAUCGCACAUCUAAUCAUUCUGGUACAUGCACAUGAAGAAUCAGUUUGGCACUUCAAGCGAGGACAAUCUGACACUUGUAGCUGCAGCCAUUUCCAGUUAAACCAGUUAAUAGUUGAAGUUAUAAAAAGUCAAGACAGUGACUGCUCGAGUUUUCAACCGUCGCAUGUAUGUCUCAAUGGAUUUUAUGUCACGUUUGUAUGUGUAUAUAACGAGUAGGUUUCUUUCCCACUUUAGGGGAAUUUUAUAGCACCCAGCUAAUACCUUUAUUCAUGAACCUUUUUAGUAUUCAAUCACUGUAAUUUUCUAUUUUUAUGAAUGCAUUUUUCUCCUUGAUAAUGGAAGUUUAAUAUUGUCUUGUCAGACUGCAUGUACAGCACACGUGCAUUUUAAUCGGUUUGCGUAUGUUUCUGACAAAAGACUGUUACUUCUUUUUUUCUUUUUUUUCCCGUAGAAAAUUUUUCAAUUUUGAAGGAGUGUUGCUCCAUUGGACUGUUACGUACACGUAGCAGUACUCUGUGUGUUACACAAAAGAUGCUAUUUUUGGAAUGUGUACAGUUUAGGUAACAAGACUUUUAUGAAUCGGAUAUCGGUGUUCAAGUGUGUGUAUGUAGAUAAAUAUCCAUGAGAUUUGUCUCUCUCUUUUUUCCAUUUUUUGGUUUUUUUGUUUUUGUUUUUUGGUCACGUCGUGGCAAUCACAGAAUUCUUCCAUUUCGUAAAAUGCCAUACUUUUUGAAAUCUGUACAGAGAAGACACGCCCACAGUUAGAGUGGUGCUUUCACAAAUAUUGAAAAAAGAAGAAAUGUUUAGGUUUGUUAAAGAAAAUGUUAGUCUAUUUUUCUAGAAAUUUGAGAGAGUAUUAUUGUUGUAAUCUGGAUGAUGGACAUUUUACAAGUUUUCCUCGAUGUAAUACGUGUUAAUCACACUGGGUUUGCGACAGGAAACUUUUAUUUCCUGGGAUAGUCUUUGCUGUUGAAGCCACAAAAGUUGACUGGUUGGGGCACCGUUUCCUCUCCCCCCCCUUUUUAAUUUCUUCUGAAUUCACUUGUUCAUUUCUGGCCAAUAUCCCAGUGAUUCGCAUCCUGUCUGCGUGAGAGUAAGAAAUGAGAAAGUUUUUUUGUUCAGCGUGUCAUUUAAAAUUUCCAGUCUUGGUAGCUAGAAUCCACAAACAGGGUUUUUCAAACCCAGGGAAGUCUGCGGUUAUGGCAUUAGUGCAUAGCUAUCUGUCCCCGAAAGGCUUCUGUCACGUGUGCACUGGAUCUUAGUCCAGCAUUGGUCAAAACAAUGUCUCAUUUUCGAUAUCACUUGUAACUUUGAAUUAUCGAAUGGAGAAAUUACGAAUGGUUUACAGCACCGAGAAGAUUGUACCAUGCAUUUGUGUGCUUUAGUUGCUGUCUGUUGGUUGACCCAUUUAAGUAUUCAGCAUGUUCAUGUAGGCUUGUGACGAAAUGGAUAUCCAGCAACAAUUAGAAAUUUGCAAAUUAAGUUAAAAUUUACAGGUGAAAUUGCUACCCAGCUAUUUUUCAUCUCACUCUCAGGAAAAAAAUUCCAGUUGUUUUAGUGCUUGUGUAAGAAUGAAAAGGGGACAGGUAUAUUUGAGGCUGCGUGACGUACAAUUUGAACCCUGUGUCUUUGUCAAUAUUAGGUCAGUGUUUGUGCAAACGAGGGGCUAAGUUUGUUUAGGUGGUCUCAUUUGCUUCACAUGGGCACAGUUUCCUAAUUGGGUCGAAGUUGAUGAUUCAGUGUAUGCGAUUUAUAACCUAGGGCAAGUUCAGAUGCAAUUGUCGUUUGACCACCAGAUGUAGCCCUUGUCAAACAAUUUAGUACAAUCUCACUGUUACUCACAUUUUGCCUUUGGCUGUGGCUCUUGCAGAAUACAUGACAUCUCAAAGAAUAAUAUUCAUGUGAAUAGCUCCCCCCACACUUAAAACAUCACAUUGGCUACUGAUAACCAGCAGUGCGACCCAUACCACAGGGCCUGGUUCAAAAUUGUCAACUAGAAGAUCCAAACUAUCCACCGUGCAGGCUGUUUUGGUCAAACUACAGUGAACUUCAGAUCAGACAUCAUUUGAACUUGCCUGUAGACCACUCCCUCACUGCGUAACUUUGUGGGUCUUUUUUUUAUUUUUUAUUUAUACAUGUAUGAAUAGUCCUCUGUGUUGCUGAGCAAUAAGCCUUGCAUGCCAAAAUCAGAAGGUUUUCCUUUUCUUACCAAUCAAUUUGCCAUGAUGUGUUUCUUACAAGUUUUACUGUUCCGGUGUUAAACUCUCUAUUGAGGUUAAUUGCCUACUCACUCACGUGAUGGUGCACGCACAUCUGUCUUUGAGUGACUGCAAACGUGAAUAGUGUGGGGGAUGCAUUUACAAGAUGGCGAUGUUUUUACAUUUUUAAUGGUUUUGAUUUUUGGUGUAAUUUGCAACAUACUCCUACGUGUCCUCUUUCCAAGCAGUGAAAUAUUUGUCCCACAAUUUAGUCCCAUUUUGCACAAGAUUAUUUGACAGUUCCAUACCUGUUAUGUAGGAUUUGAUUUUAAUUAGUAUUGGUUUUUGUUUUUAAGCUUGUACAAUAUUUAUUAAUUGGAUUAUUCAGGGCAGCAGUAAUUCUUAGAUUAUUUGGAUAACAUUCCGCUGUUUUAAUAGUUACAAUGUGUAAAUAUGCUUGGUAUUUGGUGUGUAUAGACAAUUUUAAAGCCUUUUGGCUUUUCAAAAUGAAUUGGCAAAUAUACAUUGAUUAUGAUGCUCCUGCAAAUGCCAGAGUUAAUUUUAAGUUGCUUCUGAAGGUGGAAUCCCCUCCUUUGGGAGAAAAAUUUGAUUUUAGGGCCGAGCACUCUUCGGUGCAUGGAUUGAAUGAACAUUUCAGCAUGUAUUGAAUGUAUUCAGUUCCUGAAGCGGAUUGAUUGUAUGUAGAAUUAAGCAAUUAGUUGGUAUGCGAUGUUAGAAUGGCCGACAGGUCAAGAAGUGUGGACACGCAAAUCUGCACAAAAUUACAGAAGUCUGGUUCCCAACAUUCUUUUGUGCACAGCUAAGGACCAUUUUUUUUUCUCUUUGUUACAACGGGUUUUAUAUAAAAUUUACACCCUUUGGAGGUCAGACACGAUGAAUGACCAUUGUUUCUGAGCAGGCCUGUUUACCACUUUUUUCUUUUUUAAAGGAAAAGUUAAAACCAUUUUGAAGGGAGCAUUCUUAUCAAAAAGUUACACGACGAUAUAAUAGAUGGCAUCGACAAUAGUUUGCCUUUGCUUUGUUGAAGUAACCUGAACAUGAUUGCUGUAUUUGUGGGGACUUUGUUCCAGAAUUUGUGCCAAACUCACCCCCCUAGCACCUUGUUGAUAGUUGCCCAUCCCCUCGGAGGGAGAGCGGACAAACCAAAACAAAUGAAUGUAUUUUGUAGUGGAAUUUUUUUAAAUUGAAAUCUGAUAUCCUUAUCAAGCCCUCCCUCCUUCUCCCGUUAUCAAGGCUGUUUUCACUGGAGACUUUGGUGGCUCGGUUUGGUGCAUGGUAUGUUUGUGAUAAUGGAAUUAAACUUUUCAAGACACCAGUA